GAGAUAUCCCAUGGAUAUUCUUUCUUAUUUCCAAUAUCUAAACUUUUAUACAUUCAUACACAUAAAAAACCUUUCCAAAUUUCAAUAUCCCUCCGUAACGCGAAUGAAGAUAAUCUAUAAUCAUAAUUAAUCAAUCAAUCAAAACUUUCAGUCCCUUUUCAUCAACUUUUCCACUCAUCCCGAAAACUUCUACGCUUUCACUCACUGCACGUUUCCUUCUUCUCCAAAGGUGAUGGCCGAUAUGGAGAAGAAAUUACUCAUGCUGUUUUUCUCUUUGGUUAUUAUUCUUUCAAUCUUUAAGCAAGCUGUGUCUGAUUUGCAUCAACCACUCUCAAAAGUUGCAAUUCAUAAUACUGUGUUUGCUCUUGAUCUAGAUGCUUUUAUUAAAGCUACUCCUAAUGUACUUGGUUUCAAGGGACAAAAUACUGAAUGGGUUACCCUGAAAUAUAGUAAUCCAAAUCCAGCGAUAGAUGAUUGGAUUGGAGUCUUCUCUCCUGGAAACUUCAGUGCUUCUACUUGCCCCGCAGAAAACAGACUAGUCAGCCCUCCAUUCUUGUGUUCUGCGCCUAUCAAGUUUCAGUACGCCAAUUUCUCCAGUCCCAGUUACAAGAACACGGGGAAAGGUUCCUUGAAACUUCAGUUGAUUAAUCAGCGAUUUGAUUUCUCAUUUGCUCUCUUCACUGGUGGAUUAACAAAUCCAAAGCUCAUUGCAGUGUCAAAUAAAGUAUCUUUCAUCAAUCCAAAUGCUCCAGUAUAUCCUAGAUUAGCACAAGGGAAAGCAUGGGAUGAAAUUACUGUAACAUGGACCAGUGGAUAUGGGAUCAGCGACGCUGAUCCUUUUGUUGAAUGGGGCCCAAAAGAAGGGAAACUUGUGCAAUCUCCUGCUGGGACACUGACUUUUGAUCGCAACACCAUGUGUGGUGCACCAGCAAGGACUGUUGGGUGGCGUGACCCAGGAUACAUACACACUAGUUUCCUGAAGGAGCUGUGGCCUAACAAAGAGUACACAUACAAGCUGGGGCAUAGAUUAGUUAAUGGCACAACAGUUUGGAGUCAAGAAUACCAGUUUAAAUCAUCUCCUUAUCCUGGUCAAAAUUCCGUACAACGUGUGGUCAUAUUCGGUGAUAUGGGAAAGGCAGAAGCUGAUGGCUCCAAUGAGUAUAACAAUUUCCAGCCCGGUUCACUCAAUACCACAAAUCAGAUUAUUCAAGACUUGAAGGACAUAGAUUUAGUCUUCCACAUUGGUGAUUUAUGCUAUGCUAAUGGAUACCUUUCACAAUGGGACCAAUUUACUGCACAGAUAGAGCCAAUUGCAUCAAAAGUUCCUUAUAUGACUGCAAGUGGCAAUCACGAACGUGACUGGCCAGGAAGUGGAUCAUUUUAUGGGACCUUGGAUUCAGGUGGUGAAUGUGGCGUGCUUGCUCAAAACAUGUUUUACGUUCCUGCUGAGAACCGGGAAAAAUUCUGGUACUCUGUUGACUAUGGCAUGUUUAGAUUCUGCAUAGCUCACACGGAACUUGAUUGGAGAAAAGGAACAGAACAGUACGAGUUCAUUGAAAAAUGCCUAGCAUCCGUUGACAGACAGAAACAGCCAUGGUUAAUAUUCCUUGCACAUAGGGUACUUGGUUAUUCUUCUGCGGAUUUCUAUGUUGCAGAAGGCUCGUUUGAAGAACCAAUGGGAAGGGAAGACCUUCAAAUUCUAUGGCAAAAGUAUAAAGUCGACAUAGCCAUGUAUGGACAUGUCCAUAACUACGAAAGAACAUGCCCAAUCUAUCAGAAUAUAUGCACAGAUAAAGAGAAGCACGAUUACAAGGGCUCUUUGAACGGGACUAUACAUGUAGUGGUUGGUGGAGGAGGUGCAGCCUUAGCUGACUUUGCCCCCAUAAACACCAAAUGGAGUAUCUUUAAAGACCAUGACUUUGGAUUUGUGAAACUCACAGCAUUUGACCAUUCAAAUUUGUUGUUAGAGUACAAGAAGAGUAGUGAUGGACAAGUUUAUGACUCUUUUAAGAUAUCAAGGGAUUAUAGGGACAUCUUGGCUUGCACUGUUGAUAGUUGCCAAAGUACAACAUUAGCAUCUUGAUGAAAAAGCAAAAAACAAUGCUGAUUUUGUUUCGUUUUUUUUUUAUUUGGUUGAAUAAAAUGCUUCUAUGAUCAGAAAAGGAUUGAGUUACUUUUAAAUUUGGCGACUUUUGGUAACUUUAGCGCAAUUAAAAAUUAAAGUUAUUUACAUAUCUUAUUUUCAUCAUUCACAUAUUUUCCAAAUGCACUAAAGUUACCAAAUUUAAAAAAUCACUCGAUCCGAUGACACUAUGACAUGAACUGUAAAAAUUGCCAGUACACGAGAAUAUAGAAUUGUUUAUACUCUAU